AUGCCGCGCUCUCCAGCGGACAGCGCGGCCAGCGCUCUCCACGUCGACGCCGAGCUCGCGGUGAUUGGCUCCGGCCCAGCUGCCCUCGCCUUGCUUGCUCGGCUCGCUCGCGACGAUCCGUCCAGCGCGCUGCUGCACUCCACUCUCGUGAUUGAUCCGUCCGGAGCGUUUUGCACGGCAUGGGCCGCAAAGCUGCGCUCUCAGGGCGUGUCGCACCUGCGCUCGCCCACCUUUGUGCACCCGCACCCGUCGCGGCGGCUCGACGACGCGCUGCACGGCUACGCCGCCGCACACGGCCGCCUGCGCGAGCUGCGUCCGAUUGAGGGCGUCGAGCGACAGUGGCAGGCGCCGUCCUCGCGCCUUUUCGAGGACUUUUGCGAGGACCUGGCGGCGGAUCUGAGGGGAGGAAAGGAGGACAAGCGGCUCGCGGGCUGCCACGUUGCCGCCGCCGCCACCGACAUCGUCCCGCUUUUCCGUGACUCUGCUCUGCCGUGGGCCUUUGACAUUGCGCGAGUCGUGCUUGCGGUCGGCGACGGGGGCAUCCCUCGGCAUCCCGACUGGGCGUCGCGCUCGCUCGGCUCCGCGCCAUCCCCGCAGCCGGCCGCCCGCUCCACGCUGCUGCACGCCUCUGCCCUUGCCUCCGCGCUAGCCGACGAGCUCGCUACCACCCCGCGGCGCUGCUCUGCUCCCACCCUCCGCGGCGAGAGGAGCGGCGGCUUCGCCUCGUUUCUGUCACGGAGGCGACGCGGAAGCGAGCCUCAACGCCCUCGCGGGACGGGCCGGUUGGUCGUGGUCGGCGGGGGCUUGAGCGCCGCGCAGCUGGCCGCGUUUGCCUGCCGGCUCGGCUGGCGUUCAGUGACCCUAGUGUCCCGAUCGGAGCUGACGGUGCGGCCGUUCGACGUGGGCGGUGGCUGGGUCGCGUCGUUGCUGUCGCCGGAGCUGGGGGCGGAGGAGGCGGCUUUCUUCGCCGCGCCACCAGAGGAGAGGCUCUGGCAGCUGCGAGAGGCGAGACCGGGCGGCUCGCUUACGCCCGAGGCGAGGCGGCGGCUGGCGGAGAUGGAGCUUCGGGGCGCCGGCCGCGUCCUCGAGCGCGCAGAGGUGCGCCGCGCCAGCUGGCGGCCAAAGGCAGCGGAGUGGGAGUGGGCGGACGGCUGGCAGCUCUACGUCGCGGGGGCGCUCAGCGCGCUGCAGAUCGGGCCCGAGGCGUUCAACCUCGCAGGUGCGGGCGCUUGCGCGGCCCGCAUCGUUGAAAGGUUGCUCGAGGACGAGCGGGUCACGAGCGGGCGGCUUGCGUUGCCGUUGGGAUAUUGA